UCUGGGUCCUCUACACUCAAGUGAUUCAGCGUCACCAUGGCACUUGUACUUCCACCUGGAAUGCACACAUUUCUUAACUCACAGCAAGAUGGAAAAGGUUGUGCAGUGGGUCAGCGUGAUGGAUCAUAAGAUGGGACAAGAAAAGAAAACCCAGGCAGAUGAGAGAACGGGGAGAAUCUCAUCGGACCGGCGCUGUGAGAGCCUGGACCUGGGUGCAGGAGAGGAUAACUCAGAGCUGGGCAAAAGAAAAAAGAAGACCAAAAAAACCAUGCAAACCCAGGCUAUAGGGCCUGUGGAUACUGCCGAAUUCAUGAGUGCAGCCAGUGAGUGCAAACUGAGUAUCAUAGACAAGUAUCUGGCAGAUGGUGGGAACCCAAACGUGUGCGAUGAGUUGAAGAGGACAGCACUCCAUCGUGCCUGCCUGGAAGGACACUCUCCAGCUGUCCAAAUGCUUUUAGAAAAAGGAGCCGAUAUCAACUUAAACGAUCAACUGGGCUCUAGGGCCAUACAUUGGGCCUGCAGAGGGGGAAAUCUGACAGUCAUUGAAGUCCUGAAAAACCACGGGGCUGACGUUAAUGUUAGAGAUAAGUUGCAUAGCACACCUCUGCAUGUUGCCACAAGAACAGGCCACGCUAUUAUUGUGGAGUACCUGCUGUCCUGUGGGGCCAAAAUCAACUCCAGGGACAGGGAAGGUGACACGGCCCUGCACGAUGCAGUGCGUCUCAAUAGACACAAGAUAGUGAAGCUGCUCGUAGUUGCAGGAGCCGACACAAAAAUAAAAAAUCACGAAGGACUGACAGCUGUGCAGCAGGUAAAACAAUGGCAGCUUGACAUCAUGGAGACCCUGCAGCGACUGGAGAAGCUGAGGGAGGUGGGGAUAGCGUCGCCUGAAAACAACUCAGCAGAGGAGUGA